AUGGACGGGGAAUAUUACCUCAUCGUCGUCGAUGCACACAGCAAAUGGCCGGAAAUUUUUCCAACUCGGCAGAUCACGGCGAAAGCCACCAUCAGCCUGCUUCGUUCACUUUUCAGCAACAAGGGAAUGCCCGAAGUCCUCGUUACAGACAACGGCACCCAAUUCAAAAGUGCGGAAUUCAGUCAGUUCUGCAACGAAAGCGGUAUACGGCAUCUCAAUACGGUCCCAUUUCAUCCGCAAUCAAACAGCCAGGCCGAAAGAUUUGUCGAUACUUUUAAACGCGCAGUCAAGAAAAUUCAGGAAGAAGAAGGCACAAUCAAACAUGCAUUAGACAUCUGCCUACUCACGUAUCGGACUACACCCAAUCCGAACGUACCAGACGGAAAAUCACCUGCCGAAGUUAUGUAUAAUCGACCACUGCAAACAUCCCUGGAUCUUAUACGAGCACCUCAGCAUUUGGAACCGGAAACACGUCAAGCCAACUCUAACCAACCGAGGUCGUUUCAUCCGAAGGAUUCUGUAUACGCUAAGGUCUACGGAAACAACAAGUGGACUUGGGCUCCAGGCAUCGUGGUCGAGAAAUUUGGAAGUGUAAUGUACAACAUCUGGGUGAACAACAAAAAGAUGAUUCGGUCCCAUAUCAACCAACUAAGGGCUCGAACUAUGACUGGAACAGGAAAUGUGGAACAGCAACCGUCGAGGCCAUUGCCAAUCAGUAUCCUGCUGAGUGAGUGGAAGUUACCAAGCCCUACACCUGUACCCACAGUACCACUGCCGGAAGAUGAGAAUCCUGCGCCAUCAACGUCAACGAUGGACGAGGAUCGUGGGGACGGCAUGCUGUCCAUUUCGCCGAACUUGCAGAUCGAUCUCCCGCUGCAGUAA